AUGGAGGGCAACAGAGAUGAUGCUUUAAAAUGUCGUCGACUUGCAGAGAAAUGUCUUAAGGAAGGGAACAAGGAAAAGGCUUUAAAACUCCUUCAGAAAUCUCUGCGACUGUAUCCUACAAAACAAGUCGAAGGUUGGUGAAAAUCGUGUUGUGUUCAUGAGUGAAAGCUGUUUAAAGUAAGCGCUCACUUUCUGAAACAGUUGGAUGUCGUAACCGGCAAAAAUUUUUCGUGUUAGUUUUUGUUCACUUUUCUACUUUGGUGUUUGUUUUAAACUACAUCGUCACGUCGGCAGGAGCUCUUAAGCCCCAUAUGACACAUUUGCUCUGAAUUCGUCGAACUUUUGUUUCAAGUCUAAAGUCAAGAACAGAUAGGCCUGACGACAGCUGAAUAUUACAGUGUAUAGACACGUUGUCAGUUUGAAUAUAUCCGUGCUUAGAUAAGCUUAUAUCACUUGUUGCUUAUGCCUAGUAAAUUUCCUAAAAAUAUAUUUGAAUUAAAACGAAAAGCUGUAUUCACUGAUUUUGAGGAAGGAGCAAAAAAUUCCAGAUUUUAAUAAUUAAACUAUGAUAAUUAAGCAUAACUGUUACAGCUAAAAUGUAGUUAUCACAGGAACCCCCUUCCCACAUUUUUAUGUCAGUCGUAUUGCCAGAUGGGAUAACCAGGAAUCAGAUAGAUCAGAUAUAUGUAUUAAAUUAAAUUAAGAAAAGAUUCAGGAAAUUGGCAAAAGACACUAGGUGUAGGAACCCAAUGUUCAGUACUAAUAGCGACAGCAAGGUGAAAUUUGAGAUGCACUGAACUGUAAACUUGGUUUAUUACAAGAACAAGCGAUUCACUGAAAUCCAAAUAUAUAAAUUCACUAAGUAAAAUGAAAUAGAAGUCGAAUUACAACAAAUGCAAAGGCUAAAUGAAACAUGAACAAUACUCGCAAGUUUUUUCGUGCCUUGUCUGCUAAUAGUUGAAUGAACAAGCAUACAUGUAAAUAAAACUGAACUCAAACAGAACCAUGUGCUUUUCUGAAAUUCAAUUUCUAAGUUGUGAACACGAAACGUGCAGUCAGCUGUGAACGUUAUAAGAGACUCACUGAAAAUAAUGUUCACGUUUAAAUCAAGAGUUUAUCCCAGUCACUGCACUAGGGUAUAGAGGUCUGUAGUCAUCGGAAGUGACCAUUAUCUUGUAUGCACAACAUUCAAGUGGAGACUGAGGAACCAACCAAAGGGGAAGAAAGAAAUUAUGGUACAUGUACAUGUAAAGUUGCCAAGCUGAAAAAUGGAAACAUCUUCAAGACAUGUGGCAUAAUCCUGUGGAAGGGAUACCAGGUGCUUGUGGAUUAAGGGCUGGCAGAGGAAGAAGAUGAAGAAAUUCAUGUAGAUUGUGACUUUAAGGUGAUGGAGAGUGUAUGCACUGACAGUGCAGAAACAGUAAGUUUUAGGUAGAUUUUGGAAGAGAACCUGUUGAUCACUGGAGAAAAAGUAACCUUGUAGGUCAUGUGGUAGAAAGCAAAAAAAAAUUUCUGGGUACACAAUCAGAAGGAGUCAAGCGGCAACUACAUGACAUUUAAGGGCAAAGUAAAGAGAAAAUAACAGAGAAAUUAAGAUGAACUAAAAAGCAGAUAAAAGGAAAUGGAUGGAGAACAUCGCAGAUGAAGCAGAAGAAGCUGCAAAGGCCCAACACAUACAUGUACAAUGUCAAGGCAUGAGACAUAAUUUGUAGUGAGACACGGCAUUACCUGGGCAGCAUAAGGAAAAAGAAGAGGAAGACCCAAGACUACCUGGAGGUGCACAGUUUAAAAAAAGAAGACAGGAAGUAGGAUGGCAAAUCUGGGACGAAGUGUGGAGGUCAUUGUAGCUAACGUUUUUAGUUUCGAAUUAUGUGCUUUAUGGGUGUGAAAGGUCUUAUCAAAAAUAUUAGAAGAAACAUUCAUAUUCAUUUCAUUUUAUUUAUAUAUGUACUCUGUUGUUUAGAGUUAAUUGAAACCUUAUCAAAGAAUGGCAUGUCUGCUGGAGGUACUCACAAAAACAAGGAGAGUAAGGACAAUGUACGUCACAGAUCAGCAAAUGGCUCUGCAAAUUGGGAAGCCGCCAGUGAGGAAAAAGACUAUACACAAGAACAGCUUCAGGCUGUCAAAAAGUAAGUUGAAGUUUCUCCUUCUCCACCCCAUCCUGGGGUGAAAAUACCAAUGAACCCUUUAAGUCCCCAUGGUGACCAACAUCAAUUUUCUCCCAACAAUAUUCAUACCUUGUCAAGAGAUUAGGUUAUGAGAAUUUAUGAAAUGAUCAUUAAAGAGAAAAUGCUUUGAUCUGUUAUCAAACUCUCUCAACUAAUUCUUUAAAAAAAUGUAUGAAGAUCAGUAUGGAGAAUUUAUAUGUGUUUAUUGGGGCUUGAAGGAUUAACUCGUAGUUUGAGGGCCACAAGUUAUUCACUCUUGGCACUUUUAAGAAUUAGCAUAUAGAGUUGUGUGACACACAUGGCUGUCAUACAGUGAAAAUUGAACUGCUGCACAGUCAAUGCAACUGAUUUAACUGAAUCACAGUCAAACCUCCAUUUGCUGAUUUUUUAAUCCUAUUUAAAAAUUAUCUAUGUAGGGAUGUCACUAAGAUUUCAAGUUGGCGGGUUAAUACAUGUACUACAAGUACGCAGGGAAUCAGACAGCUAGUGAUUUCUUUGGUUAUAAUUCAUAUCUCUUUUAUUUUCCUAUGAAAGUAGCCAUGGGCCACAUUUUAAAAAGUAGCUGGGGAGAACCUUGGUCCCCACCACUUAAUGACAGCCUUGUCUAUGGGUGCUUGUAUUAUGUCAUUCUCCUUGUACGUAGAAAAUGCACAUGUACCUCAUGCACUGCCACAUAUUAAAGGAUGAAAUACGAUGUCAUGCAUGUCCUUUAUUUUAUUCUCCCUUCUUCUUAGUAUCAAGAAAUGCAAAGAUUAUUACGAGAUUUUGGGAGUGAGUAAAGAUGCUUCAGAGGCUGAUUUGAAAAAGCAAUAUAAAAAACUUGCACUACAGUUUCACCCAGAUAAAAACCGAGCUCCUGGGGCAGCAGAAGCCUUCAAAGGUUGGUACAGAUACUUUUAGGCCCUGUUUACAUUUUACAUGUGUCUCAGUAGGACAAUGCACGAUAAUGUCAUUUUACGAUGACUACCAGGGUUGCUGUGUUUUAAACUUCAAGGGGAUUGACAAAUUUAAAUAAGAAAGUGAAAACAAGAUGAAUUCUGGUAGUUGUACAUGUAGUCAAAAUAAUAAUUAUUAAUGUUUUUCAUGAUGAAAAUGACCCAUUAAGAAUGACCAUUGUCUAAUGUGUUUUGCAGUUUUCUUGUGGGGUUACCCUAGCUGGCAUAAUCUGCUGAUAAUGUACUAUUCGAAUCAAAUUCAAUUUUGUUAAACUCUUAAGAAUAAAGAUAAGCGAAAAAUUUUUAACACUGGAGCAAAAUCUCGAUGUUGCCAUGACAGCAUUAUCAAGUGAUAAAGACAAAAGCUAAAAACUGACCUUAUAUAUCCGGUUUAAAGUGACAAAAUAAAUUAGAGAACAAAAGUAACAUGUUUGCAUGUGUAAAUGAAAAUAUUUUAAACAAACAGUUUUGCUUGGAUGAAAUCUGAUUGUGUGUUUAAGCUUGGUUUCUUCUCCUUUGUAAAAAGCAUUUUGUAAAUCAGACAGUCUAAUUUUCCUUUGCACUUCUUGAGUCCUUAUCUUUACUGUUAAAUGUACUAUUCAUAGAAUUUAAUGUUCUGUUCUCCCUUACAGCAAUCGGCAAUGCAUUUGCAGUGUUGUCUGACACGGAUAAAAGGAGAAGAUAUGAUCAGUUUGGUGAUGAGAAUCCUCAACCACAAGUGUCCAGGGACCGUUAUGAUUAUGCAAGAGGUUUUGAAGGUUAGUGAUCUCUCUGGGUACAGGGCUGUCAAAAAGUUUUUAAGUACCCGGCUGAUAAUGAAUCGUACGCAGCUUUGGAACUCGCACCAAAGGCACAAGUUCUUGAAGGGCCGCUUUACAAUGUGCCUAGGAACAGCUUGAAAAUUAGAGUCUUGGAAAUGGCCUUUCUUGAGGUUUUCAAGAGGUACACUGUAUUUUCCACUGCGGACGCCAUGUUGUUUCGUCAGAAUACGGGCAAGACUGGGAACAAUGCUGUCGAAAUGUCCCAGGCAUUCCACUAGGGAAAUAGCUUGGUUCAAACGUUUCAUAGAUCUAAACCUGUUUAAAUAAUUAUGCUUUCAAUGUCAUUCAAAACUGGGAAAUGGUUGCUUUACAAUAUUUUAUUCCAUGGCGCUUAUGAAUUGUUUUGUUAGCAGUAUGGUAGAAAGAGAUGAAAGUAGCUGGCUAAGGAUGGCUAACUAGCCUUCUGUUUUGGCCGGCUACCGGCCCUUAUUGACAGCCCUGUGGGUACCAGAGGUUUUUUCUUAUUUAUGGGAGUCAGCUGACAUACGUUCAGCUGAAGACGGAAAGAACGAAACAACAGAAACUGGGCAUGAAAAGUCUCUGGCAUCCAGGUUAAAGAUAAAAGCGUAAUGGGGUGCUGCCAUGUUGUGUAUUUAUGUACUUAUGUUCAUGUUGGAGAGAAUACUCAACUUAUGCAGCAUAAUAAAAUAAAUAGACUGUAUUAUAAAUGGACUGUAAAAUUUUCUGUUACAAAAUGCGAUACAUGUAGGUGUUACAUGGCAAGGGUAUCAUAACAUUAAUAAAAUUUCAGUAUAAUUAGUUUGCUUCACUCUUGUUGUCUAAAGAGGCAAAAGGGUCAGAAAAAAAUAUAAGAAAAUAUAAGACAGUUUCUUAUAACUAUAAUAGUAAACUUACAAUGUACACUGUACAUGAACAUUAAUGAUAUAAAUGGUACUGUAACCUUACAGGAUUUUUGCGACCUUGAUAACCUCUGUAUUUUUUAUGUAUGUAGCUGAUAUUACUCCUGAAGAGUUAUUUAAUAUGUUCUUUGGUGGAUUUGGUGGUGCAACUAUGUCAGGAGGUAAGAAGGCCUUUUUUAUACUCUGUACUUGUAUACCGGCUUUCAUGCUUUCUUUGUGUAGUUAGUAAAUAUUAAAUUUUUGUCAUCUUUGUAGGACGUAUGUAUUACCACAGGAGACAACAAGGAAGGCGACAUGCACAUCAGCAGUACCAUGAAGAGGAAGACAAUGAACCAGUGAGUUGACGUUACCCUACCAUUAUCCACACACAAAUUUUCCGGACUGAUCUCCAUACAUUUCCUUUAACAGUUAGUUGAGAGAAGUUGAUAUAAGAUUAAAGCAUUUUCCCCUAGUUCAGCUUUAUUUUUAUUAACAAAUUUUUAUAUCCUUGUCUGCUGAUCACUUUAACCCUUUAAGCCCUAAUAGUGAUCAGCAUCAAAUUUCUCCUUGUAAUAUCAAUGCUUUGUAAAAUAGAGUGGUCAUGAGAAUUACAGACAUGAUCACACAUGAUGAAUUUGCUUGAUAUUUUAUCAACUUCUCCCCACUACUUAUGUAGGAAAUGAAUAGGGGCAACAAAUGAGAAUUCAAAUUUUGAUCUUAGGGUUUGAAGGGUUAAAUGUACAUUGUAUGUUGUAGUGAAUUGUUGAUCUCCGGUAAUAAUUAUUUAGCAAAGAUUACCAUACCCACAAACAAAAGAAAAAUAAAAAGGACCGCAGAUAAAAAUUGACUGCAACAUGUACAGUACACUGUUCAUUUUGAUAAACAUUAUUGUUAUAGUGUUACCUCUGCAUCCUGUGUCCCUGAAGCAUAGAAAUCCCCAAAGAUCCAAACAAAUUCAUGGCAUGCAUACCGUAGGAUGCAAAGAUGGAUCGAGCGAUCUGACCGGUGUAUUAGUUGAAAUAUCAAAUUCGUGUAAUUUCUUUGGCAGUUAUUAUGGCUGUCAUUUAAUGGUGCAUUCUUUCAGCCUGUGUUGUGCUUUAAAAAAAAAAGGGCUAUAUUUUAAUUUCACUAUACUGUAAUGUAAUACAGAGUUUUGGAGUCUGUCUUCAGAUUUACUGUCUGGUUACAAUGUACAUAAGGGGCCAAGCAUUUUCAUUUUGGGACUGGUUUUUGUCACUCGUUUUUUUAACUUUGACUCAUUGGUUUUUGACUGGGACUCAUGAUUUUUCACAAGAUGAGUCCCACGUCUCACCAUAACUAUUCGUAACAAAAUCACUGUUGUUGGAAGAAAAAUUGAUGCUGUUCACUCUUGGCACUGUAUUAUGACUGUGUUCAGAGUGCAUGGUAUUGUGUAUGUGAAACUUCUAUUAGUAUUCUGUCUGAUGAACCUGCACAUCCAGGGACUAUUGGUACAGUAUAUUUUCCUACAUAUACUGUGUUUGUUAAUUAAUUAUGUAGUGAACAUUCAAAGCCUCUCAUUUACGUGUACAGAUAGUAAAGUGCAGUACAUGUAUAAGUAAACUUCAUAAUACCUGGCCGCUCAUUUGCAUCUCAUUGAAUGUCCCUAUUUUGAAAAGGAAAAAAAAAAUGGAUCAUGAAACGAAUCAUUCAAAUCAAACGUACGAAUUUUACAGGGUUAAGAAUCCCAACUGGCUGUAGGCAAACCAUAUGGCUAUUUACAAGUGUGGUUGGGGAUUUGAACUCCAGACUAUCGAGAACAAAUCCAGCUACAUGUACAUGUAGUAGUUAGGGCGGAAUUUUAUCUCGGGACUUCCAUUUUGCUAAGUCCAGAGCUCUAACUACUUAACCACGGUGGCUCUUUAUUUGAAACGUUCCGACAAGUGUCUGAAGUUGCUCCAAAAAUUUUUAUUUUUUGCCAGUGAAUGAUACGUUCAAAUGAUUGUUCUCAUUAUAUUAUUUUUCAGCCUCUGGUGCAGACAUUGUUCCAGUUUUUGCCAAUCAUAUUGUUAGUGUUAUUAUCAGUGAUGAGUAGCUUCUUAUUACAGGAUCCACCCUAUUCCUUAUCAAGGACAGGGUAAGUAAUACAAGCACAAUAGAGAGACUUAGAUUUGAGGACGAGGACGACUACGAGUACGAGAUUUUCUCAAUACUUUGUAGUGCUCGCGCGUGAAACAGCAUCAUUUUGGCGGGAAAACGUGAUAGCCGUCGUCGUUCUGCUACUACGAGUUUUGGCAAGAAUGUUGUAGUGGCGGGAACAAGUUAUCAAAUGUAAGAAGUUUUAUCAUUUUCCUUUCGGAAGAGGGCUUAACCUCCUUCAGUAUAAAUAACCGUACUAACUUUUGUACGGAAAAAAAGUUAAGUGAAGCUUUCCGGGAUGUCUUUUGUUUUGACAACACGCGCAAAACCUUUAAGUUAAAUCUCGUCCUCAAGUCUAAAGCUCUCUAUUAGAAGGCAUUAAUAAAACCUGGAUCAGACUGGAUGGGAUUAACUCCUGUAUAUCACUAAUUGACGAAAGGGCAGGGGUAGGGUCACUGGUCCGAUCCAGGCUACCCCUACUGCACUCGAUAAUUAAAUUAUGCACUGUGCAGGAGGUGCCUUCCUCGUUGCCUACAGAAAGUGUACAUUAAUGUUGGCUGAACUUGUUUUUGAAUUCAUAAAUUCCACUUGACAUUUAUUUAGAGCAACGGCCUACCAUUUUGGUAGGUACAUGUACAUAGACCUCGUCACACAGAUCCGGAUAAAAUUUAAAACGCGCCCUCUCUCUCCGAUUUGGCUUACCGUCUACUCUAAUCCGGAGCUAGGACGGUCUCAGGCCACGUUCGUAUGAAGAAAACGUUACUUACCCCGGGUAGAACUGGGUCAAUGCUAGCCUCGCAUGCUGACGUUCUUAUGCGGCUUCGUCACUCGUUCGAGGGGCAAAACAUGCAUUUUUAAAAUGGCGAGUAAUGAUAACCUAUACAAACAAAGUAAACGUCUGUUAAGCUCUUUCAUUUAAUUAAAAAGUAGAUUCAGCGCGUCAUCACUUUGGACAACAAUCUAAAAAGUACCAAACAUAACUGCGGGAGGAACGUUAAUACUCAGAAAGUCAGAAUUGAGUCUGAAGUCAAAAAUCAGAAAUACAGAGUUCAAACUUUGUAAGAUUGAAGUCUGAAGUUUGGAGUCUGAAGUCUCAACUGAAGUUCCCCCUCGGCUUUCGUAUACCCCUCCCCCAAAGCGAAACACUCUCACCGCUUCCUACCUUCUUUCAAACUGCCUUAUUCACGCUCAACAAGUCAGGUCUUUUUAUUUUUUUCAGUUCUUAUUAUAUUCAGAGAGAAACGGCGCGACGGAGAAUAAGCUACUACGUACAGGUAGGAACUAGGGACGUUUUACUUACUGGUUGCCCUUACCUAGUAAUCUUUUUCUUCUAACGUCCAGUUUUUGUCUUACUUUAAUCCGAAUCCUUUAACCGGUUCACUUCAAAAAGUGGCCAAGGUCAGGACUCAACAAAAAAUUCAUUUAGUUUGUAGAGUGAUGAAAAACACCGUGUUAAACGGUAUACUUACUAAAUACUACCGUACACCCGUACAUUCUAAGAUGCAUAUAGCAAAUACGAAAAGUACUUGACAAUUGACCUCAAAAGUGGCCAACGCGGCUACGUAUUCUUCAAAUAGCGCAGUCGCGCGGGCGCGAAACUCCGAGGGAAGAAAGAAAAAAACAUACAGCUCUAUGUAAAAUUCUACCCAUAAAUCUAUAAACAUCAUCUGUCGAAAUAAGAAACCAAAAAAAUGCGAUUACAAACUCCGACAGAGGUACAACUUUACAGAUCUCCCGCCAGAAGCUUUAACAGCCACGAACUUUCCCACCCAUCUACAGAAAUAAACACCGUACGAAAUUUUUUUUUUUGUUGGUAUAUCCAAAUCGCCAGAAUUAUCAUUUUCCUCCGUUAUGUUUAUCACGUUACGGUGUUUUACAGUACUGAGGUAUUAUGGUUACACGGAAGUUUGUUUCCCGGAAAACUUACUACAUGCAGCGCGACUUUUAGGCGGAAAAUUUUAUAGCCACUCUUCUGAAUGGUACGUUUCUAGGAAACUGCCCAUCUACCCCUCCAUGGCUAUGUCAGUCCCACAGUAAAUAAUUCCACGAAAGAAGUUGUCACUCCCCAGAUAAAGUUAUUCUCUAGGAAAAAGCCCUAAUGUUGCCACAACUGAAGUGAUUUUUGCCUUGAUUCUUCGUGAAACUAGGUAGAACUGUAGGUCGGCUGCCCGUUAAUUAUUCUUUCAUUUGAUUUUAUUACAGGAAGGAUUUGAGGAAAAAUACAUGGAUAAAAUAACGAGUCUGGAAAGAAGGAUAGAAGAAGAUUACAUCAGCAGACUUCAGUCACAGUGUUUUAGAGAAAGACAAUAUAGUAAGUACAAUAAAAUAGUUUAGGUAGUGAUGUCUUGUCGUUUACUUGGGUAGGUGACGUCUAUUUCCUUUUCGUAAACGGUCUUUGCCAUUUUUAACCCUUUAAGCCGCAAUAUCCACAUACGAAUCCUCCAAAUUGAUCUCUACAUAUUUCCUUAAAGAAUGAGUUGGGAGAAUUUGACAAAAGAUCAAAGCAUUUCUCUUGGGUGAUCAAUUUAUUAAUUCUCAUAACGUAAUCUCUUGACAAUCUAUGGAUAUGUUUAGGAGAAAAUUGAUGUUGGUCACCACUGGGACUUAAAGGGUUAACGGUCGAUGCCACGAUUGGUAACCAAGCCUUUAGUCACGAUAGAUGUAGUAUAUUCCCAUGAUUAAAUUACAAUGAGGCAAAUAAUACGUUUUUCAAUAGUCCUAGAAAGAACGACACUGAAUCCCAAGUUGAAUUUACAUUAAAAGUUAUGAAAAGGGCUAGGGUCUCUUGUUAUUGAUGUAACAGUUAGAAAGACAGUUUGCUUGUGUAUGUACUUAAAUUUUUCCGAAUUGUGGCGGGUCGGUGUCGUAGUGUAGUGGUGAGAGAGAGAGAUUAGGAUACGAAUGGUCCUGGUUCGAGGUCCAGGUUCUACCCUGGGUUGGGAUUUUCUUUCUUUUUAAAAGAAACAUUCUCAAAAACAGGUCAAAAAUUUUCUACGUGUCUUAGAGACGGAAGCGACCUUUUAAGAAAGGGACAACUGCGUAGGUGACACUACAAGAAAAGGAAAAAGAAAGAAGUCCAACGGGGACGUGCUAACUGUUCAUCAGUUUUGCAUGAGAAUACUUUUUCGUUGCUUCUGCUUCUAUUAAACUCCUCGAGCAAACACCUAAAAUAAGGGCCGUCGCCAAAAUUUCAAGUUGCCGUCUAUAUGGAAUUAAUUUAUUAGCAGGCGGGGAAGUAGACAGCUUAGACGUUCUUUUGGAUGGAUAUGCUUGUAGUAGCCGGGAAAUUCUCGGGGAAACUGAUCCCCGUCCUCGGGCCCUUGUUGAUAGCGCUGAAGUGAAAUAGCAGUCACUGUAUGGUAAUUACACCGUACGCAUACCGUAAAUCCGUAAAUCCUCUAUUAAGACCCCCCGGGGGGCUUAUUUAUUUUAAUCCCAUUUGAGGCGGGGGGGGGGGGGGGGGGGUUAACAGGGACGGGGGCUUACACUGUAUUUGAAAGGGGGGUUUAUUUAAUUCGGAACAGACGAUGGUAUCAGUUGUCCUUAAGUGGAAAAGCUCAAGUACAAGAAGAGUGGAGGUCUUGCAGCCGCGGAUCAGAAUCAAAUCCGAACUUCCAGUUGGUAAAUCAAUAAAUCAUCCCGUAUCAGUCCACACGAAGUUUUACAGUCGUGAUUGAUUAAUACAGUGUAUCAUUUCUUAGUGAAGAAUAAUUAUGGGACGGGAGGGGAGGGGUCUUAAUAGAGAGAGGGUGGUCAAUAGAGGAUUUACGGCAGUUUUUAGUCUGCCUGGUAAGCGUUCGAUUUCGACAGGAAGUCCUUCGCGUUCUUGUGCGUGCGAUUUCUGUCUUUCCCCUUCUGUCUCGAAAUAUGCCUUUUACACAGGCUAGCCCCCUUUGCACUGGCACCGCUUGCCUUCGUAAGAAUGUGACAAGAACCCCUUUCUUUAAAGCAUUCGUAACGAACAUUUCGUAAAUAAAGCUUAUUUUUAAGUAUCGUUAUGUAAACUAAUGCAAAAUUUCAGAAGAUAACGAAUUCAUUACGAUCGAACAAGCGCUUUCCCUUUCGAAUGUAAAAAUGUCUUGCCUAGUUUUGUAAACAGUAUCCAAGACGAAUUAAGCUAUAUAGUACUUCGUGUGGCUCUUAAUAUCAAAACAGAAAAGGACAGGCUUUUUUUUCCCUUCACUUAAAUAAUUAUAUAACAUUUAAAGUCAAAGGUAUUUUGCAAACGCAUUUUUAUUUAAAUUGUGGCUUGAUUCUAGUUGAUAAGUCUUAUCUCCGCUAAAAAAUAAUGUUUAUCUCUUUAGUGAAAUUGCCGUUUAUUGUCGUGCGUGGGCUCGAUUUAAUGGAUCUGACAAACUUCCAAGUAGCCUUUAGGUAUCACGACAGGCGUGAUCAUGAGUUUGAGAGGCCGCCAGUUUGAUAUGACGGACAAAGUCUUAGCCUCCUUAGUGCUUCGUACGCGUCACGCAUUCUUUCCAUGCGCGUGACGAAGACCUAAACUGUAAGAAUGUUAGUGAGCUUACGCAACAGGACAGCAGGAAGAAGAGGACGGCAAAACGCUUGUGUGUGACAAACGUGACAGGGCUAUUUCUUGCGUGUUUUGUCGUAAUUCUCACUUAACAUUAAUAUUUUCUGGUCUUUUACAAAAAAGAUCUUUUUAAAGGAAGGUGAAGUUUGGCAGAAAGUUAUGUCAAACAAAAUUAUUGUCACGCUUGUCACACAAGGUUUGCCAUAUUCUUUCUUCUCCCGUGCUGUUGCGUAAGUUCACUAAUGUCUGCGUGGAAGGGCAUAGCUAAGUUAGGCGAAUUUCAAACCGCCAUGAGGUUCGUAAUGUUCACCUGUUAAGCAACGAUAAGCUACAGGCGCAUCUGGUAAGUUAUAGCAACGUCCUUUUACCAUGAAAAGGAGCAUUACCCUCCUUUGCGUGCUGUAUACAAUUCUUGAAUCUCGAAUAGUUCCUUUUCCCGGAAAUUUCCUGUCUUAAAAAUCAAGCAGGUGUUACAAUCUUUAAAGUUUUCCUUUAUUUUUCGUUUUAAUUAUUAUUCUAUAUCUUUCCUAAUUGGACCAAUUAAUCACUCAGCUUUGCUACAAUUAUCGUUAUUUUUAUUUACUUCCCUAGUAUGUUUUCAUUAAAAUUUUCUAAUAAGUUACAUUUUUCGUUUAUUUUCUAAUUCACACCUGUAUUGGUUUUUCUUUUGUUUGACUUUUAUCGGUAAAAAUAAUUUCUUGGCGACAUGCACUCAUUAAUUUAAUCGUCAUUUAUCUUACCGAUGUAUUAACGGAAAAAAACAUUUUAAUCUGCAAAACCUAUAAUUUCCAUCCCGACUGUAUAUUGGAUCCUUUUUUCCUUGUCGGAUUUUUUUUCGUUAAAUGUUCAGCGAACAAACACAAACUGACGGAAAUACAUUUCCUUGUUUUAUUUUGUCAAAACUCACGUUAUCCUUAAAGUAAGUUUCUCAGCACGCCAUUUCAGUUGAAAGCUUCAAACUUCCUGAAGUCGCAAAUUGAUGCAUACCUGCCUUUAUUUUUCUUUUCAUCCUCUCGAUUUUUCACAAAAUGACGCAUUUUCCUUUUCCUUUCUUGGUUGCCUUUGUAGUCACAGCCCUCACUGCCUCAUUCAGUACAUCAACAUAGCCUCGCUGUUUUAAUGCGGAACACUCGAUGUACUUCAAUGCACCUAUUUUUCGUGCCAUUUUCUUGGCUUCCUUCUGCGUAACCACCUCGGCAGGGUGCUGGCCGCCUCCACCUUUCCCGCGCUUUUUCUGCUCGUCACGGAGAUCCAGCUUUGUGCCUAUAAGAACUAUGGGAGCUUUUGGUGCGAAUUGUGUCACCUCUUUGCACCAUUUCUUUUCGACGUUUUUAAACGACUCCACAUCAACGAGAGAAAAACAUACACAGAACACAUCGGUUUCAUGAUAAUUUCCCUGCCUUGCUGCAGCUUUCUCCUCUUGUGAUUCAGUGUCCCACAAUUCCAGUUGAUAGAUUUUCCCGUUGAUGUCGAUGUUAGCGAUGUAAGCGCUUGUGAAGGAUUCCACUUGCUUACGCGACAGAUUGUUGGAGCUGUAACACAACUGUAAUAACAAACAUGUCUUCCCUGUCCCGUUAUCUCCGAGAAAAACGCACUUUACUUUCCUCUCGACGUCUGUAUCCUUAUCAGUUACAACUGCAACUCCGUCGGCCAUGUUUCUUGUCACAAGAAGAACAGGAAAGUGCAACGUUUCACCGAAGGGAAGCCGGAUGUCGUAUUUCUUCAGCGAAUAUUGUUUUCUGUUGUUAUUUUUUGUCGUUCCCCUGUUUGGUGCGACUCCGUUUGACCGUGGCGAAAAUUUCUUUUCCAAGCGAUAGUCAGACGACUACUAAAAAAAUUGCUAACUCCUCUUGCCAAGGAACGAUAAAAAUAUCCGGUUAAAAUUCUUACAGACUGCAGCUCUGUCGAGGCGAAUUCCGGAUAUUUUGCCAGCGAUCCUUGUGGUUUUUUUCCCUUACUUUUAUCGCCACUGCUUGACACUAAAAAAUAUCAGUUUUCCUCGCUUUAUAUUUACCCAAGAAGUCGAAAAAAGCGAUGUCUCGAGCGUUCGCUGGUGUUUUGCUCGCAGAAACAGCGGAUAAAGAUUACUGCUCGUGAGACGAAACCUGAUAUUUUAGGUUAAUAAUUCUUGGAGCCAUCAGCGAACCUGAAAUGGACAUUGUCACGCACUAGUGUCGCCUUUUCUUGCCAAAAAUCAACAGCGUGAAGUUUCUUUGGGGUUUUCCUUCUGCAGCGUCGCUUUUUUAACGUGUUGAGUUCAGGCUCUCAUGGAGUAGGGCAGGGUGUAAUCAAAAAUAUAAGGUGAAACUGCUUCAUAGUCUGCACAGAGACCGCGGUGGCUGACAUCGAGGAUUAUUUAUAAACAAUGCUUUGAAAUAUUGUGACGUUGUAUAGAGAUUAGCAUUUAUAGUUAUCCAGUCGGCGAUUAGAUCAGGUGAAAAAUUUGCGUCAAACAAAUACCUCGAACGUUCAUCUCUUUUCGGCUUUCGAUCCAUAUGACAUGUCUUUCCAUUUUGUUCAUUUUCAGUUUUUUUUCUCUUUUUUUUCAUUUUCCCUUAUCAAACCAGAAUGAAAUAUAUUUUUAAAACCUUUGCGUUUUGAAUUAUUAAUGGUCGCGAUUGUGUCUGUAAUUUGAAAUAAUUUUUCCACUUCAUAAAAUCCUUGAGGACUCAUUUCCAUAUUUUUAUUUUUUCUUUGCAGUUGAAUAAAAUUAAUAAUCAGUCCCUGUCUGGCUGAAUAUUUUUGCGAAAUGACACGAUACGUUGAUUCUGGGUUGAUUAUACUUUUGCAUACUGGGUUUCCAUUCAACACCAGUUUAUUUACUUGCGAAUCUGUGAAUAUCAUGCUGUUUCAUUGUUUUUCUGUGAUUUUGAUUUAAGGCAUAAAAUUGUACUCUAAUACACCGUAUUCUCAUGUUUCAAUCCGGCUCCAAAGAUAAAUAUUAGGCCUUUGUUUACUGCUGUUAUUAUAUUUAAUCGUCAGCUGAUUUUUGGACCUUUAAGUCUAAAAUAAGCCUUUUUCUCUCCCUUAUCAAAGAAUAUCUCUGUUGGUUGAAUUGCUAGAGCUUGUUUGCGAGGCAAGGCGCGUUUUGCUCUUAACAUCUUAAGCUGUUCAAGCAUUAUGAUAUUUUUACGCUUCAAACCAAUAUUUUAAAAGCUGUGAAAAUUUGCAUAUAAACUUGAUUCUUGUGGAUAGAUCUGUCGCUUAACUUUUUCUACUUUACGUGUAAAUUUUUUUUUCGAUUAAGUGGUGGUCGAGGCGGUACAUUUAUCACGCUAAUCCGCAUUUAGAGUUCACCUUAAACAAAUGUAAAAUAUAGAUUUAUCUUGUUUGAUAUUUGAUGGUAUGCUGUGAAUUGUGUUCAAUAUCUUGGACCUUAAGUUCCUUAGUGAUGGUUUUUAAAUAAUUAUACGGUUGAUUUAGAUGCGAAAAUAAAUAUAGGUAUUGAGAAUAUGACUGUAUACUUAGACGCGUCCAAUUCUUCGAAAAAUUACUGAUUUGACACUUAAUCGUUUCUCAUUCUUCUACUGAAAUUUUAACCCAGCUUUGACUCAAGUUUCUUUUUUUGCGUUCUCGGCAUUCUUUCGGUGUUUUUUUUAAAACCUCAGAAAUCGUGCUUAUGGUCAAAUUAAGGCGCCGACCAUUCGACUUUUGAGGGGAAGGGGGAGAGGGGUACGGGUGAUUUCAGAAGGAAAUAUCUUGCAGACUGAUUUUGAGGGGGAAAAAUAUCUUGCGAAGAAAUACCUGGGGAAAAACUAUCUUGCACCGAAAACACACCGGUAUAUGUUGGGGAAAAAAGUUUAGAGGUUUGGGGAAAAGAAGUCUUACCCAAACCAAAUCACCCGUAGCCCCUCAUAAGUCAAAUGGUCGACUUCUAAUGCGAUUUCCUCAAGAAUGCUAGUGUUCCUCCAAUUUUUUAGAAUGAGGCCAUCGUGAUAGUAGAAAUACCUUCCUAUUAACCGAUUUUGUGAUACGUUCUGGAAGUUUUUGUUUUAUGGCGCAAGCCAGGAGCCCACCCAAGCGCGUUAAAUCAACAGAAAAAAACAAGGAUCCUUAAUGCAGGUAACGGAGAGAGAAAAUAAGCUACCGGAGCCCUGAUACGGCCUGAAAAAUUGACUAAUCACAACACACGCACCUACAGAGAGAUCUAUUAGGGGAUAUUUUAUUGAAAGUAAGAAGACAAAUUAUGAAAAUUGGUUUUGAAAAAUUGGACUUGGUGUGUUGUUGGUACACUCGUUCCCAGGUCUCCGUGCGUGAAAUUUGUCCCUGUUGAAAAACUCUUUAUCCGUUUUAAUGGCUGUUUUUUGUUUUUGUUUUCACUUUUCCUAAUUACUUUGUUUAUAUGUUUGUUUAAGGAGAGGAAGUCCGAGCUCGGGCGCGGUUUUGGCGCGAUCAGCAAUUACUGGAUCGAGCAAAUGCCAUGGAAAUGAGAUCCUGUGACGCUCUGGAGAGAAUAGCAGUAGCUGGAUGAUAAUACAGUGUAAUUACCUUUACCAAAGGCCAUAAUUAACAAUGUUUGACCUCUAGAAUAAUUUUUAUAGUGUACGUAUAUUCAGUGUCAGGUCUCCUUCGCCUGAACGCCCUAACAAGGCUAGUCUUUACAAUGCCUAUGCCGAUGUUCUCUCUAAUGUAACAGAAAAAUGCAGUCGAACCUGCGUUUCCUCUCUACUAACGGCCAUCUUUAC